AUGGCGUGGCUACAACGACGAGCGACGUUCUCCCCAACAACCAAACGUUCACCACCUCUGCCGCCCGAGGCUGCAGGGGCUCCCCUUCUUGGGAUGCUCCCAUCACUUCUCAUCAAGGGCCCGCUUCAAGUGAUCCGCGAUGCCCACGCUGAGAUGGGGAGCGUGUUCACAGUGAGACUGUUGAAUCGCAAGGUGACCUUCCUAGUUGGGCCAGAUGUGUCGAGCCAUUUCUUCCAAGGGCUCGACUCGGAGAUCAGCCAGGACGAGGUUUCACAGUUCACCAUUCCGACCUUCGGCCCCGGCGUCGCCUUCGACGUAGAUUUCGCCACUCGUCGCGAGCAAUUCCGCUUCUUCGGCGAUGCGAUGAAGCCGGCCAAGCUUAGGACCUACGCUCGCCUCAUGGUGCAAGAAGUUGAGGAAUACUUUGCGAGAUGGGGACCAACCGGCACGGUUGACUUGAAGAAGGAGCUGGAGCACCUCAUCACGCUCGUCGCCAGCCGGUGCUUGUUCGGGGAGGAGGUCCGGGCCAAGAUGCUGGGUGAGGUCGCAACGCACCUCCAUGAACUCAAUGACGGCAUGCGUCUCGUCACCAUCCUAUUCCCGCACCUGCCGAUCCUGGCGCACCGCAGACGCGACACGGCGUGCGCUAGGCUCGGCGAGAUAUUCUCCGGCAUCGUCAGCUCCCGCAAAACAAGCUACCCCGAUGGUGGCCCAAACGACAUGCUGCAGUGCCUGAUCGAUUCCAGGUACAAAGACGGCCGCGCCACCACCGAGACGGAGGUCGUCGGGAUGCUGGUCUCGGCGCUGUUCGCGGGGCAGCACACAAGCUCCAGCACGGGCACGUGGACUGGAGCACGCCUCCUCGCGCACGCCAAUGGCAAUCACCUGCGCGCAGCCGUCCAGGAGCAGGAGCAGAUUGUGGAGCGGCACGGGGACCGCGUGGACUACGAGGUCCUGCAGGAGAUGGACAUCCUCCACCGCUGUGUCAAGGAGGUUCUGCGGCUCCACCCGCCGGCGAUGAUGCUGCUGCGCCACGCGCGGCGGAGCUUCACCGUGCGAACCAGGGAGGGCGACGAGUACCAAAUCCCGGAGGGGCGUACGGUCGCAAGCCCGCUAGUGAUCCACAACCGUCUCCCGCAUGUGUACAAGGACCCGGAGAGGUACGAGCCGGACCGGUUCGGCCCCGGCAGAGGGGAGAACGGGGCCGGCGAAGCGUUCUCGUACACGGCGUUCGGUGGUGGGCGGCAUGCCUGCGUGGGCGAGGCGUUCGCGUACAUGCAGAUCAAGGUGAUAUGGAGCCACCUGCUGAGGAACUUCGAGAUGGAGAUGGUGUCGCCAUUCCCUGAGACGAACUGGAACGUGGUCAUGCCGGGGCCCAAGGGGAAGGUCAUGGUCCGCUACAACAGGAGGAUGUCAGCGGCCGCGUAAUUCACGAGCCGCAGAGACCCUACAUAUAUCUACA